AUUGUGGAAAUGAUAUGCACCCGUGGGAGAGAGACACCACCAUGCACAGCCGACCGAACCAUCCCUGCAUGCGCUCCGCAGGAGUUGGAGCUGAGCAAAAGAAGAAUGUCACCCACUUCUGCAGGGGCUAACAUUUAAGUAUUGAUUUUCAAAGCUUAUACUUGAUUUUCACCACAGGUUACUUCAUGCCAAUGUUUUCUGUAGGUUGUGAAUAUAUGCGUAAUUGCUGCGCCUUCACAGUGUCUUCAUUACGCGCUUUGGAUAUAGCGUCAAUGAACUAAAGAAAUUAGGCCAGUUCAUGUUGCGGGGUGGUGUUCAUAUAAUUUUACUGAGCUUUUUCUGACUAAUGGAUGUAGCCUCCAUUUCCCAGAGAGCUGAAUUACCGUCAGGGGCUUCACCAUUCAACAAGCUGCACCGCUCACUCCUGGCAGCAGAGCGAUGGGCGCAGUUUGUCCGAGCUGUCUAAUGCAUCUUAGUUCUUUAGCCCAGCUUGUUGAAUCUCCUCCAUGGUGACAAGGAUGGGUUCUUGUUAACAAACUUAUUUUCCUAUCGGGAUCAAUCAUCGGCGGAUUGCGCACCAUUCUUCCUAAAAGUUGAUCAUGGCUCGUCCCGGUCAAUAUGUUAAUCUGAGCUCUGUAUGGAGAGUAUUUUGGCUCAUGAAGUCUCUGGUUGAUUUCGCGCUGCCACAGGAGACUUAUGCACCCCAUUCAAUACGGACUGAGGGGCAUCUGACCCUCGGAGGACUCUUCCCGGUGCAUGCCAGAGGGGCCGACGGCACGCCAUGCGGGGACCUCAAAAAAGAGAAUGGCAUCCAGCGCCUCGAGGCCAUGAUGUACGCUUUGGACCAAAUCAACCAGGAUGAACAACUCUUACCAAACAUCACCUUAGGCGCACGGGUGCUGGACACUUGUUCUAGAGAUACAUACGCGCUGGAGCAAUCUUUAACUUUCGUUCAAGCCUUGAUCACGAAGGACACCUCAGACGUGAGAUGCACUAAUGGAGAGCCACCGGUGUUUGUCAAGCCUGAAAAAGUGGUGGGAGUCAUCGGAGCCUCGGCGAGUUCAGUAUCGAUUAUGGUUGCCAACAUCCUACGUCUCUUUCAGAUCCCACAGAUCAGCUAUGCGUCAACGGCCCCGGAGUUGAGCGAUGACAGGCGCUAUGACUUUUUCUCACGGGUGGUUCCUCCAGACUCAUUUCAAGCCCAGGCCAUGGUGGACAUUAUCCGGGCCAUGGGCUGGACAUACGUUUCCACCAUUGCGUCAGAGGGCAGCUACGGUGAGAGGGGAGUGGAGGCCUUCACACAACUCUCCAAAGAAGCAGGUGUAAUCUGCAUCGCCCAGUCUUUGAAAAUUCCCCACAACCCCAAGCUUGAGGAUUAUGACAAAGCCAUCCAACAACUGCUGGAAUCGCAGCACUCGCGGGCAGUCAUCAUCUUUGCCAGUGAGGAAGACAUACGGGGAAUUCUCAAUGCCACCAAGCGGGCCAAUCAGGUGGGCCAUUUCCUGUGGAUUGGAUCUGACAGCUGGGGAGCCAAGAGCAGCCCGAUCCACCAGCUCGAGGAUGUUGCUGUGGGAGCAGUCACUAUUUUGCCCAAACGCUCUUCCAUUAAAGGGUUUGAUGAAUACUUUACUGGGCUUACCCUCGAGAACAAUCGCAGAAAUGUGUGGUUUGCCGAGUUCUGGGAGGAAAACUUUGACUGCAAGCUCCUCAGUGCCUCAAAGAGAGAAGAUACCAGCCGUAAAUGCACAGGCCAGGAGCGCAUUGGAAUUGACUCCAAGUAUGAACAAGAAGGGAAGGUGCAGUUUGUGAUUGACGCGGUGUACGCCAUGGCCCACGCUCUGCACAACAUGCAGAGGGACUUGUGUCCUGAUCAUCCUGGCGUUUGUCCACAAAUGGAGACUGCAGAAGGAAAGAUGCUGCUAAAGUAUAUACGCAACACCAGCUUCAAUGGCAGUGCUGGCACCUCUGUUGUGUUUAACAAGAACGGCGAUGCUCCAGGACGCUAUGACCUGUUCCAGUUCCAGAUGACCAACUCCUCUACCCCCGAGUAUAAAGUGGUGGGGCAGUGGGUAGAGUCCCUCCAGCUCAGGUUGGAGGAGCUUCAGUGGCCAGAUGGGGAGCAGGAGGUGCCUAUCUCUGUAUGCAGUCUGCCCUGUAAAACUGGAGAGAGGAAGAAGAAGGUAAAGGGCAAGCCAUGUUGCUGGCACUGUGAACUGUGUGAUGGCUACCAGUAUCAGUUUGACGAGACCUCCUGCAGACUGUGUGCCUACAACAUGAGGCCCAACCCCAACAGAACUGCCUGUCAGCCCAUCCCCAUUGUCAAACUGGAGUGGCACUCUCCAUGGGCGAUUAUCCCCGUCUUCCUGGCAAUGCUUGGUAUUAUUGCCACCAUCUUUGUCAUGGCGACCUUUGUACGCUACAAUGACACGCCUAUUGUGAGGGCAUCGGGCCGAGAGCUGAGCUACGUGCUGCUAACUGGCAUUUUUCUGUGUUACAUCAUCACUUUCCUCAUGAUUGCCAAGCCUGACGUAGCUGUGUGUGCCUUCAGGAGGAUCUUCCUGGGUCUGGGUAUGUGCAUCAGCUAUGCCGCGCUGCUCACAAAAACCAAUCGUAUCUAUCGAAUCUUUGAGCAAGGCAAGCAGACAGUCACUGCCCCACGAUUUAUCAGCCCCACCUCCCAGAUUGCUAUCACUUCCAGCCUGAUCUGUGUGCAGCUGCUGGGGGUGUUGGUAUGGUUCGCUGUGGACCCGCCAAACACCAUUAUCGACUAUGAUGAGCAGAAAACCAUAAACCCCAUGCUGGCCCGUGGAGUGCUGAAGUGUGACAUCACAGACCUACAGAUAAUCUGCUCACUGGGCUACAGCAUCCUGUUAAUGGUGACCUGCACCAUUUAUGCCAUCAAGACAAGGGAUGUACCAGAAGACUUCAAUGAAGCCAAGCCCAUUGGAUUCACUAUGUACACAACUUGCAUAGUCUGGCUGGCCUUCAUCCCGAUUUUCUUUGGCACAGCCCAGUCUGCAGAGAAGCUGUACAUUCAGACCACCACCCUGACCAUCUCAAUGAACCUCAGUGCCUCGGUAGCACUGGGCAUGCUCUACAUGCCCAAGGUGUACAUCAUUAUCUUCCACCCUGAGCUGAACGUACAGAAGAGGAAGCGUAGUUUCAAAGCUGUUGUCACAGCUGCCACAAUGUCAUCACGUCUGUCCCAGAAGCCCAACGAGAGGCCCAACGGAGAGGCUAAAACUGAGCUGUGUGAGAACCCUGCAGCUGACCCUAUGAGUCAAGCAACCAAGAAAACAUAUGUGAGUUACAACAACCUCAGGAUCUAAUGUGCUCGAAACGAGUGCUGUUUGUCCUUCAUCUGUGAUGGCGACAGAGGAUGAAACAUAGAAACAGAAGAGCUAGACAGAGAUAGGAGAGAGAGAGAGAAAGAGAGAGCACAGGCGUCCCAGCACCACCUGCAUUACCUAUGCACUCCAGGACUGUGGAUAGCAUCCAAACUACAUCCUGAACAUGAUACAUGAGUCCUGACAGAGACUUGCACAGCUGUAGGGCAGUGUGGUUGGGUCGAACAAGACUGUAGGUAAACUUGUGCUGUGGCCCCCUUCUCUAUGACAGAGAACACCUUGCCUGCUAAAGGGGUCACUGUGAACGAGGACAGCUAACACAAAGGACAGCGGAUCUGCUUUCAAGAUAUUUUCUUUUGAAAUGUCAUUAAAGCCAUAUUCUAUUGGGGUUCCCAUUAUCAGAUUUUUUUUUUUUUGUAUUGUUUCUAAGUGAUUUCUUCUGUGCCUAUUUUUCUCAAACUUAAUUUAAUUACCUUGAACAGUAAGCUCUGCCACAUACAGUAUUUUGUUUUACGG